AUGUCGUCUUUGAGUCAAAUGGCCCAAGAGAUGAACGACCGAGCUCCGAGACGACGUGGAGGGCAUACAUCCAUAUCAUCUGGCCAGUGGAUGCGUAGAUCACGCCGUGCUCCAGAGUAUCAUGACCACACAAGACAAGGAUCACAUCCCAGCAUCGAGUCUCUGACAAUUACCAUCUCCCGAUCAACACUUAGACGUCUUCGCGAGGCUGCCCAUGACUAUGGCUCUAUCAAUCACUUCCUGCGUGAGGCCGAUGAGGCUUUCGCUGAUGAGAUGACCGGAACUUAUGGUGGCUCGGGGACUCCGGUGCCUCUUUUGAUAUCUCUUGGUACUGGCCUUUACAUGCCGUUCUAUGCGGUUCUCCUUGGUCAAGGACGUGCGCACUGCUUGGAUCCUUAUCACAGAGAACCCACGAUCAUCAUGCGGAGAGUUGUUAGAGACUUGGAUGUGCCUGCCACGCUACCUGUCAUGUAUUUGAGGGUAUCAGAUUAUGACCAGGGGGCGUUUGAAGACAUAGCAAGUUACAUGGAAGAAAGGGAGAUAGCCUCUGCGCCUGUUCUGGAAGGAGAGUGGCCUCAGACAUUUUCAUCGGUCUUCAAUCGUCACACUUGGGUUGGAACAAACUUGAGUAUGCACUGGAAUAGACAGAAGAUGAGCUGGUUAGUAGUCGAGGGUGUAUCGAGAAGAGAUGUGGAAAAACCACUGAGAUGCAAGAUAGUCGAUGUCUGA